AUGGGACACCAUCGCCCGGUUCCUUUAACCCCUACUGCGGCAAUAACCGCUAAGAUUAUGGAUGCCCGUGCUGAUUUCCGUAAAACGUUUGAAGAAAGUCUUGGUGUGGAAAUCUCCGACAAUUUAGAGAAAGGUGUUUACUUUUUAGCUCCUGAUAACAUCACCGUAGAAGAUUCAUUAUAUAAAAAAUUUCAGUCCGUAUUAAAAGAAGUUGUUGAUUCUGAACCUGAAUUAGCCGCAAAAAUCAAAUCUGGGGAAGAUAAGUUGGAAACCUUAGAAACACAUGAGAAGGUCGUGGCCCUUCUUCCACCUCCGAUAGAAUACUCAUAUACUGAAAAUGCUCAAGAAUCAGCAUCUUGA